AUGUAUUGUAUAUAUCUUGAAUUCAAUGUGCAUUAUAAUAUACACACAUAGCUGACUAUUUGAGCUAUGUUAGUGGGAGUCCGUUUUGUUGGUUAUUACUUUUUUCAUUUUCUUCAAUAACCUUACUUUGCCUUCAUUGGAAGAAGUUCAUAACACGUUUUGUUGAUCCAACAAGUAAUGUACUAAUAAAAAGGAAACAGUUGACUCCAUUAUGGUAUUGCAACAUUCCAUUAUGUUUGAGUGUGAGCAUUUCAACAAUAAUUCUUCUUAAGAAUUAAUGGAGCUCAAAAAUGAGAAACUAGUCAGGUUCUCCAUUGAUGGAAAGCAUAACCUUGAGAAACCAAUGUCAGUUUACAAGAUUCAGAAAAUUCUUAAUCCGGAAGGCAAAAUUAGUAGCAUUGUUGAUACUGAUAAGAAUGGAAUGAAUAUCAAAUUUCCAACUUUUGAAAAGUUUAAGGUUUUCCAAGAAAAUCAUGAACCAUGGAAGAAGAGAAUUCUUGAUCCAGGAAGCGAUAUCUUUCUGGAAUGGAAAAGGGCUUUCCUAUGUUCUUGCAUACUAUCACUAUUUGUUGAUCCAUUGUUUUUCUAUCUACCAUCUGUAGCAAUAUCAACUAAUAAGAAUUCAUCAUGCAUGGUUACUGAUUUGAAUUUAGGAAUUGUUGUCACAUGUUUUCGGACAUUUGCCGAUGUUUUCUAUCUGCUGAACAUGGUCAUAAAGUUUAGGACAGCCUUUGUGUCACCAAGUUCAAGGGUUUUCGGAAGGGGUGAACUUGUCAUGGAUCCCAGGUUGAUUGCGAGACGGUAUUUGAGAUCGGAGUUUUUCCUAGAUCUUUUUGCUGCAUUGCCACUUCCCCAGAUUGUGAUUUGGUUUAUUAUGCCAGCAAUUAGAAGCUCCCAUGAUGAUCAUACCAACAAUGCUCUUGUACUGAUUGUCCUGCUUCAAUAUGUCCCCAGAUUGUAUAUGAUUUUUCCAUUAAGUUCUCAGAUAGUUAAAGCUACUGGUGUUGUCACAAAGACGGCUUGGGCCGGAGCUGCUUACAAUCUUUUACUUUACAUGUUAGCAAGUCAUGUCUUAGGGGCAUCGUGGUAUUUGUUGUCAAUUGAAAGGCAUGCUACUUGCUGGAAAUCUGAAUGCAGAAAUGAAAACUUACCUGUGAAAUGUAUUCUUAACUACUUGGAUUGCAGUACUAUAAACGAUGGCGAUCGCGUGAAGUGGGCAAAUACUACUUCUGUGUUUGGUAACUGCAAUCCUGAAAGUAGCAAAGUUUUCAACUAUGGAAUUUUUGGAAAUGCCGUGCAAAAUAAUGUUCUCUCCUCUAUGUUUAUAGAGAAGUAUCUCUAUUGUUUGUGGUGGGGGUUGCAGAACUUGAGUUCUUAUGGCCAGAGUUUGACUACAAGCACAUUUGUUUGGGAAACUGCAUUUGCAAUACUCAUAGCUAUCUUAGGUCUGGUUUUGUUUGCUCACUUAAUCGGCAACAUGCAGACCUAUUUGGAAUCUAUUACUGUGAGGCUUGAAGAGUGGAGGCUCAAGCGACGUGACACAGAAGAAUGGAUGAAACACCGGCAACUCCCACAAUUUCUCAGAGAGCGCGUCCGAAGAUUUGUUCAGUACAAGUGGCUUGCAACUCGAGGUGUUGACGAAGAAACAAUCCUGAGAGGCCUCCCUACAGACCUUCGUAGAGAUAUCCAACGCCACCUUUGCUUAGACCUUGUUCGACGUGUUCCCUUUUUCUCACAAAUGGAUGAUCAACUACUUGAUGCAAUAUGCGAGCGAUUGGUAUCAUCCUUGAGUACUCAAGGCACAUACAUUGUCAGAGAAGGAGAUCCAGUUACCGAGAUGCUUUUUAUCAUCAGAGGGAGACUUGAAAGCUCAACCACAAAUGGGGGCAGAACUGGUUUCUUUAACUCUAUUACCUUAAAGCCUGGUGAUUUCUGUGGAGAAGAGUUACUUGCUUGGGCAUUGCUUCCAAAAUCUACUCUCAACUUGCCUUCUUCUACGAGAACAGUUAAAGCUCUUGUUGAAGUUGAAGCCUUUGAACUUAGAGCAGAGGAUCUUAAAUUUGUCGCAAAUCAGUUUCGACGUCUCCACAGCAAGAAGUUACAGCAUACAUUCCGUUUCUACUCUUACCAUUGGAGGACGUGGGCUGCUUGUUUCAUUCAGGCUGCUUGGCGCCGGUUCAAGAAGAGAGCAUUGGCAAGUAGUCUUAGCUUGAGGGAAUACAAGUCCUUCAUUGAUGAACAAGCAAUAUAUCAAAUGGAGGAACACGAGGAAGAAGAGCACCGCAGUUUGGUGAAUUCAAACACCGCACAAGUAAAACAGAAUCUAGGUGUCACUAUACUGGCUUCAAGAUUUGCUGCAAACACAAGGAAAGGGGUUCAGAAGAUCAAGGAUGCAGAGAUGCCCAAGUUGCAAAAGCCUGAAGAGCCAGAUUUUUCGGUAGAGCCUGAAGAUGAUUAAGCUCAAUACUACAAGGGCCAACACCUGGAGUUUGAUAUAAUCUUCAUGAGUAAAAAGUAUCAUUCAUCUUUUGAAUGAGAACAGUCUGUUAUAUAUCUAUAAUAUGUGUGCAUCAGUUGUUUGUUGGCGGAAAAGCUCUCAGGUUGUCUUUUUUGAGUGAUGAUUUCCAUCACAGUUAACCUAGUUGAAGGCUUCUUGCAACCAGUUGCUUUUGUUCACGUGGUCAGCUUGUAAAUCUCCUUCACAGAAUCAUUUGUCCUCCUGUAUAUUAGAAUUUCUUGACAUACCAUGCCACUUGUAUAUUACACUGCACUAUUGUUAGCAUAUUUAUACUUUAUGUUCCUGUCUUAAGACAUUUUGUGUUUGAUUAAUGUUUUUGUCUUGUAAUUUAAACUUUUGGUGGCAUUUUGAAGAUUACUUUAUUUGAUGACUAAAAACGUUAUCCUGAA